AUGUUCCGACAGCUUGCUCGAACAGGGUUCACUCUCGCCACAAGGCGAACCACCAAGGAAAGGUGUAUAUCUUCCACGUCGCGUCUAUUUGCGGAUCCAUGGCCUCUUCCGCACACGCCGCAGCAUCUGGCUUCAACGACCACACCCUCAGACAUUCCGCCUCCAGCACCUUUACCGAGACCUAAUGAAUCUGUGGAUACUCUCAGAGCGCGUCUUGUUUAUCAGUCCAGAAAACGUGGAACCCUAGAGAGUGACCUCUUGCUUAGUACAUUUGCCAGGGAUCAUCUGAGCACAAUGUCUGAAGCCGAGUUGAUGGAGUAUGACAAGCUUCUCGACGAACCAGAUUGGGAUAUCUACUAUUGGGCCACGAGCGAGCGAGCGCCUCCUGAGCGUUGGGAAAAAUCUCCUCUCCUAGAAAAACUCAAAAUCCACGCUCGAAAUGAAGGAAAGGUCGUUCGCGUGAUGCCAGCACUAUAA